AUGACUACAAAAAGAACAAUCAGCAAUAUCUCUAUCUAUAAAAGGCAGAAUGUACAAUAUAUCUCCCUCUUUCUUUCUCUCUCUGUUUCUCUGUCUCUUUUUUCUUGCUUUCUUUAUUUCACUCCCUCCCUCCCUCCCUCCCUCUUUCUCGCACUCAUUAUUUCUCAUCUUCUCUCUCUUUCUGUCUAUAUCCCUCGUCCUUUCUCUCUCCUUCUUUCCCUUACCUUCGUUCUUUCUCUCUCCGUCUUUCUCCCUUUCUCUCUCUCCAUCUUUCUCUCUCUCCGUUUUUCGCUCUCUCUCCCUCUCUUUAUGUCUGACUUCCCUCUUUCUCUCUCUUUACAUCUCCCUCUUUCUUUUUCUCUAUCAUUAUUUGUCUCUCUCUUUCUUUCCAUCUUUCUUUCCCCCUUUCCUCUCCCGUUCUUUCUCCCUCACUCGGUAUUUCUUUCUCCCUCUCUUUCACCCUCUCUUUCUCCCUCUCCAUCUUUCUUUCUCUCUCUCUCUUUCUCUCUCUCUUUUAAUCUAAUACAACUGAUGUCCUGUUUCUACAUACACUCUCUCUCUCUCUCUCUCUCUCUCUCUCUCUCUCUCUCUCUCUCUCUCUCUCAUCAUACAUUUCAGCGGCCCCUAGCUCACUGUCAGCUGGGGGUUAAGCAAUCGCGUCAACUGUUCAAGAUUGCUGCGAGCUCAUUGGCACGGUUGCAAAAGUUUAACCUUGGGGCCAUCCAAUCAUACACGCAAGCAGUUCUCUUACGCACGCGUGCAUGCGUACGUCACCUUAGUAUGUGUGCUCAAGUUCAACCGGCCAACCGCCUCUUUAUACCAUAA